AUGCCAGCUUCGCACAGCUGGCUCGCAAUAUCAGAACGGAUAAGGGCGAGGAGUAAAUAUAUCCCUUUCUACCUCGUUGACCCGCCGUUUAUCAGCCUACUCCGGGAAGUUUGCUUUGUAGUUUUCACUCAUUGCCCUUCUCGGUCUGGUCGCCCUUGGAUCGUCUGUAGUUGUGUAGGCAGAGACAUUAUGUAUGGGAUCUUGAGGGUGAGGCACUAUUGA